CUUGCCUCCUCCUACCAAUUCUCUACAGCACUUGGCGGCUCCGCGGCUCCUCUCGGUUUGGGAUUUAGCAACUAGCAGCUGGCUUUUUUCCCUCCUCCCCAGUCGAGGGCUCUCCUUCUUCUUUUAGGUUGCUCCACCCCGCCCAGGAUCAGGCGGGGAGGAGGGGGGGGUUGACCAGCUCCGCCGCUGCCAACUGGCGCCCAGUGCAGCCGCGAACACGGGGAGUGGAGUCCGGGGUCUGAGCGCGCGCUGCGGGGCAUCUGCUUCUUCCGCGCCCCAGCUACCCGAGUCCUCCCACCGUCAGCCCUUCUCCACUUUUCCCCCCGUUUGCAAUCACAUGGCAUUUUAAGAAUGCUGGAAAGAUGGCGGUAGCGGCAGCGGCUGUGGCUGCGCCGGCUGGCGGUGGAGGCGCCCGGGCGCAGCGGAGCGGACUGCUGGAAGUUUUGGUGCGGGAUCGCUGGCAUAAAGUUCUGGUGAACUUGAGCGAGGACGCCCUGGUGUUGAGCUGCGAGGAGAGCGCUGCGGCGUACAACGGCUUAGGGACUGCCACCAAUGGUUCGUUCUGCAGGGGCUCCGGGACCGGGCACCCGGGCACCGGUGUCGCUCAAGCCCCGGACUCUCCCGCCGGGGUUCGCACCGCCUUCACCGACCUCCCGGAGCAGGUGCCUGAGUCCAUCUCAAACCAAAAGAGGGGUGUGAAGGUGCUGAAGCAGGAGCUGGGCGGGCUGGGCAUUAGCAUCAAAGGGGGUAAGGAAAACAAGAUGCCUAUACUCAUCAGCAAGAUCUUCAAGGGGCUGGCAGCCGAUCAGACCCAAGCCCUGUACGUGGGCGAUGCCAUCCUGUCGGUGAACGGAGCAGACCUGCGGGACGCCACCCACGACGAGGCAGUGCAGGCGCUGAAGCGCGCAGGCAAGGAAGUGCUGUUGGAAGUGAAAUAUAUGAGAGAAGCCACACCUUAUGUGAAGAAAGGAUCCCCUGUGUCUGAGAUUGGAUGGGAAACACCUCCACCUGAGUCCCCAAGAUUAGGAGGUGGCUCUGCAGAUCCUCUGUCAUCCCAGCCCUUCUCCUUCCAUAGAGACCGGAAAAGCAUCCCCCUCAAGAUGUGUUAUGUCACCCGGAGCAUGACCUUGGCUGACCCUGAAAACAGGCAACUAGAAAUCCAUUCACCAGAUGCUAAGCACACAGUGAUCCUGAGGAGUAAGGACUCUGCCACGGCCCAAGCCUGGUUCAGUGCCAUCCAUUCCAACGUUGGUGACUUGCUGACCCGUGUGAUUGCUGACAUCAGGGAACAGCUGGGGAAGACAGGCAUUGCCGGCAGUCGUGAGAUCAGGCACCUUGGCUGGCUUGCAGAAAAGGUGCCCGGAGAGAGUGAGAAACAGUGGAAACCAGCCCUGGUUGUUCUGACUGAGAAAGAUCUUUUAAUCUACGACAGCAUGCCACGGAGGAAAGAGGCCUGGUUCAGCCCGAUGCAUUCAUACCCACUUCUUGCUACCAGGCUGGUCCAUUCAGGUCCAGGGAAAGGAUCACCCCAGGCUGCUAUGGAUCUGUCCUUUGCAACACGAACUGGUACCAAGCAAGGAAUUGAAACACAUCUCUUCCGGGCAGAGAUCAGCAGGGACCUCUCUCACUGGACUAGGAGCAUAGUACAGGGGUGCCACAAUUCAGCAGAGCUCACUGCCGAAAUCACCACAGCCUGCACCUACAGAAACCAGGAAUGCCGCUUGACCAUACAUUAUGAAAAUGGAUUUUCUAUUUCCACUGAGCCUCAGGAUGGUGCCUUUCCCAAGACAAUCAUACAGUCCCCUUAUGAGAAGCUCAAAAUGUCCUCGGAUGAUGGAGUCAGGAUGCUCUAUUUAGACUUUGGAGGCAAAGAAGGAGAGAUUCAACUGGACCUUCACUCCUGCCCCAAGCCGAUCGUUUUCACCAUCCAUUCCUUUCUGUCUGCUAAGAUAACACGACUGGGCUUGGUGGCCUGAACUGAGAAGCGACUUGACUUAGGAAAGGAAGCCUGCCUUGCCUCGGGACUGUGACAUCGGGCAGUGUACCAGAUGUAGCAUGUACAGCCAGCUUCAGGUUUCAGGAGUCCCAUGUAACAUCCCAGGCUCCUCUAUCGGUUUCAGAAACUUCAAGGGACGACUUAAAGAAAACACCACAGGGGAUAUAAGAAUAAAAUCUCAUAGUACAGAACAAAGAGGUGAGGACAGGUGCAUAUAUAUGGCGUAUCUUUUAAAUAAUGACAACCAAGGACACAGUCAUCACAGCAGCAUGGAAAGAUCUUAAUCACACCAGUUUCUAGGCAACUGGGUCACCCAAGUAAGCCAGAGCCGAGACGAUGAGAAAUGGAUAGUUAUACCUGUUUCUCUGCCCCUAGUAACAGCCCCUUGCUUCCCUGUGAUUUAUUUCCUGAUUCAAGUUGAGCUAACUUCUAUUGGUAGGAACAACAACAACAAUACACACAUUUUUAAAAAAAAGAAUGAAGCAGCUGUUACUUCAUUUCCUUAAUGAGUUAUUUUUCUGUUGGUCUAGAGUGAUUCCAAAGUGUUCUCAUUAGCAUAUGUUGAACAGGAAUGAAAUAAAGCACCGGAUGCUAACCUGAGCUUUAAGCUGGCAGAAUCUGAGCCAAAGUGGACUGUUUGCUUUGCAAAGCUAUCCUGAAGACUCAAACACACAAAUGAUGAUUAAUUUAAAAACUCCACUCCACACCCAUGGAUGCUGUCUCACAGCCAAAACUGGUACCCAUAUUUACAGAAGUCAAGUUCUGGGCAAUUUUUAAAAAGAUUGUCAUUACACACACAGACACACACACACACAUACACACACACACACACAUACACACACACACACCACCACUGGUUGCAUAGUUGGAAGUUAACUAUCUACAUUUUAUAGUUUUCAGUGGAAGUACCUUUCAGUGGUCCCUGCUUCUGUCUGGUCUCGUGAUGCCUGAGGAAAGGAGAGCAUCUCUCAGUUCUUGAUGAUGCUAUUUUACAUGUACAGAGCCAGAGAUAUGAUCAAAUCUACAGAUAGCAUCUAUAUUAAUUUUGGAAUUCCAGGGGAAUGGUAUAGUGGCUUGAUAUUUUUCUACAAGAGUAUUUUGAGGCAUUAUCUAGCCUAUUAAUACUUAAUGCUUUUCAUUUUUGCCUUUCAAGAUCCAGUCACUAAACCUACACCCAUUAUUUGAUUUUGGAGCUACUUUUCACCAGCCCUGAAAAUUAAGCCUAGAAUUUAUAAAUUUUCAGUACUCGUUUCUGUGUAGUUUUACACUAGCACAUGCUCUGUGGUCUGCCUGUACUGGAAGAGUCACAGUUUAGCAGAUGCCUAUGAAAAGUGAAACUGCCUAAAGGCCCAGGAUUCAGCUUCCCCAGACCUGUGUGUGUUUAUGGAGUUGCAGAUGCAUCCAUUUUAAACCAUCAUUUCCCCAAAGCACUUCCUAUACGCCACCAUUUCCAAGGGACACGCAACAGUGUUCUCAGAUGACUGGUUGGUAAUAGGAGCUUGUUGAUAAAAAUAUUUGCAAAAUAGCAACUUAAGAUAUGUUAGGCCCUUGUUGGAUUUACUAGCCUCCUCAACAAUUCUGGUCUUCAUGAGUCUUAGUCUUGAAGGUAGGGGUGAGGGUUCUAUGCCUUGCACAUCUUUGUAUUGGGCAUCUAUGACGCUAGUGGUUUUUGUAGCUGAUACUUGAGGAAAUACCACCACAGGACAUUGACUUUUGGUUGGCUUCCUAUUUUAAAAUGUUGAAGAGUGGUGGCCAGCUUCAAACCUGUAGGAAAGUGUUGAUGCAUUUGUAAAUUGUAUUGUACUCUUUCACACUAUAUAUUUUCAGAGAUCACUGGAAUGUUGUUUUACAAGAGAAUUAUACUUCUGUAUUGUAAAUAACAUGAUACAUAUAUUAAUUCCAAUAGUUUAAUUCAACAAUGUGUAAUCUAAGGUGCUCGGUACUACAUGAAGUUUGAGUUAAUUACUCAAGUUGCAAAGAUUCUAUUAUAUAUUUAUAGACAAAUUAAAUUGACCAUAGUUACAGAUAUUGUUUCUUUAUUGCUUAUGUUUUAGACAGAUCAAUAUCUGGGUAAGAGUCAACAUAAAUGGUCUUUUCCAUUUUUAAAAUUUUAAUUUAAAUAUUUAUAUUUUAGGGAAAAGUAUAUUUGAAUAAAAUCAAUGCAUUUUCUGAAGUAAAUUGAAAUGUGUAAUUAGCAAGAAAUAGAAAAAUUUUACUGAGAGUUGUGUAUAUGAAUGAUUUUUCUCCCAAUUAAAAUAUAUCAUAUCAGAGUGGCUAUGAUGAGUCAAUUUCAAAUAUCCACUAUUGUUUCUCAGCUUAGAUUUUAAACAUUAUCUUUAAAUAAUGACUUAAGAGUGUAUUUUUUAUCUUGUCUUAGGCGUUAGUGGAUGACCCAGACUAAGUGUGGUUCAUGUCUUGGUCAGUGCAUCAACUUAGUCAUUUGGGAAGAAAUUGAUUUUUUUUUUUUCUGAUUUGCUUUGUUCUUAGUUCUGUGAAGUAUGGAACCCACAAUGCUUGUUCCUAAAUGAAAACCAGGACAGAUGGACAAUCUUUACCUGGUAGAUUCUUCCUCAGUUACCAGACUGUGAAUUCCUUAGUCUGGUAAUAUGCCCAUGUUUCUCAUCUUAUGGCCAUUUCAAGAAGGACAGAGGGGUAGAGAUAAUGUCAUCUUUUCCUAACAUAGCUAAAUAAUAAUAAUAAUAAAAAUCAAACUAUACAAUUAUCAUGAACUACCCAAACAGAGGUAUUUAAUGAAUGGCAUCAAUGAGGUAUGAAAAUGAUUUUUGGGUGUAUUGUGAGUUGUUUUUAUUUUUUUUUUCUAAAUCUGCCUGCGUUUAUAGCCCCCAUGAACGUCAUGUACAAUUUAUAUAUGAACUAAAUAAAUAUUUGCCUCAGA